UUGGCCCCGGCUCCGGCGGAGACCUUCGCCUUUCAGGCGGAGAUCGCCCAGCUGAUGAGUCUGAUCAUCAACACCUUCUACUCGAACAAGGAGAUCUUUCUGCGCGAGCUGAUCAGCAACGCCAGCGACGCCCUCGACAAGAUUCGCUACCAGUCGCUGACUGACGCCUCGGUCCUGGCCGCCGUUCCCGAGCUCUUCAUUCGCAUCACCCCCGACCGCCAGGCGGGCACCCUCACCAUCCUCGACUCGGGCAUCGGCAUGACCAAGGCCGAUCUGGUCAACUGCCUGGGCACGAUCGCCCGCUCCGGAACGCGCGCCUUCCUCGAGGCGCUGGAAGCUGGCGCAGACAUCAGCACCAUUGGCCAGUUUGGCGUCGGCUUCUACUCUGCCUACCUGGUUGCUGAGCAGGUGACAGUGGUGACGAAGCACAACGACGACGACGCUCAGUACGUCUGGCAGUCCACUGCCAAUGGCUCCUUCACCAUCACAACGGACAACAGUGGCGAACACAAGUUGGGACGUGGCACCAAGGUGAUCCUCAAGCUGAAAGAUGACCAGCGUCAUUUUCUGGAAGAGCAGCGACUUCGGGACAUUGUCCUGAAGCACUCAAAGUUUGUCAAUUACCCCAUCUCACUGGCGGUGACCAAGGAGCGCGAGAUCGAAGUGCCCACCACUUCUUCUGAAGAGGAGGAGGAGGAAGCUAAGCCUGAAGACGUCAAGAAGGAUAAGGUCGAGACUGAUGACGCGCCCAUCAUUGAGGACGUUGCUGAGGACGGCGAUGAGAAGCAGCAGUCGUCUGAAGAGGCAAAGAAGAAGGAGAAGAAGAAGCCCCUGAAGGUGAAGGAGCUGUACACCGACUACGAGGAGCUGAACAAGACGAAGCCGCUCUGGCUGCGCAAGCCCUCCGAGAUCAGCCAGGAAGAGUACGGCGAGUUCUACCGCAACCUGAGCAACGACUGGGAGGAGCACCUGGCGGUGAAGCACUUUCAGGUAGACGGUCAGCUGCAGUUUCGCGCGCUGCUCUUCGUGCCCAAGCGGGCGCCCUUUGACCUGUACGACGGCAAGGCGCGCCGCAACAACGUCAAGCUCUACGUGCGCCGCGUCUUUGUGAUGGACAGCUGCGAUGAGCUCUUUCCCAAGUACCUGCACUUCCUGAAAGGCGUCGUCGACAGCGAUGACCUGCCGCUGAACAUCAGCCGCGAGACGCUGCAACAGAGCAACCUCCUCAAAGUCAUUCGCAAAAACCUGGUGAAGAAGAGUCUGGAGCUGUUUCGGGAGAUUGCCGACGAGGAGGCGGAGAUGUACCGCCUCUUCUACGAGCAGUACAGCAAAAACCUGAAGCUGGGCAUCUACGAGGACCCGCUCAACCGUCCACUGUUGGCCGAUCUGCUGCGCUACCCGUCGAGCAAGGGAGAGGAGGUGACGCUGAAGGAGUACGUCGGCCGCAUGAAACCACAACAGAAGCAGAUCUUCUACCUGGCCGGCGAGAACAAGGAGCUGCUAAAAACCUCCCCUUUUGCCGAGUCGCUGCUCGCCCGCGACUUUGAGAUCCUCUAUCUGACAGAGCCAAUUGACGAGUACGCCAUCUCCCAUCUGCGCGAGUACGCCGACCACCAGCUGGUGUCGAUCGUCAAAGAGGGCGUCGACCUGUGUCUGAGCGAGUCAGAGGCGGCCAAGCUGAAGGAGGCAGAGGCGGAGUACUCCGUGGCCGCAAAGGCCAUGCUCGUCGUCCUCGAGAAGUACAUCGACAAGGUGGUGGUCAGUGGCCGUCUGCUCACCUCGCCCUGUGUCAUUGUCGCCAAUCAGCACGCCCAGUCGGGCAACAUGGAGCGCAUCAGCCGCGGUCAGAUGCUCCGCUCGCCGCCCGCCAAGGACAUCUGGGGCUCGAAACGUCAACUGGAGAUCAACCCCUCCCACUCGGUGAUGCGUCGCCUGAAGACGCUCUACGAGGCGGACCCAAAUGACCGAUGCGCCCGCGACCUCACCUGGAUUCUCUUUGAGACGGCGCUUCUUCAGUCGGGCUUUGCUCUGGAGGAUCCCUCGGUGCACACUGAGCGCAUCUACCGCAUGAUCAUGAUGGGCCUGGGCAUUGACCUGGAUGGCGGUGAAGAGGAUGGUCAGCAGCAGUCCAUCGAUGGUGCCGGCGAUAAAGAAGUGGGCAAAGCUGACCAGCUGACGGAGACCGGCGCCGCCGCCGAUAAUGAGCAAGUUGAAGCGGAUGCCAGCAAGCUGCUCGAAUUGGACUGA